AUGGGGGAACGGGAUAAAAGGAAAGCGGAUCAGGGCGUGGCCCUGCUGCUGGAGGCCCUGAGGGACCCCUGUGCCCAGAGGGCCACCAGGGGCUGGUACCUGGCACAGGCCCAGAGGCUGCAGCUGGUGGCCACGAUCCUGGAGCUGCCCCCGGCCCACCUGGAGCCGCCGCUCCGGGAGCAGAUCCGGCAGCACGGCUGGAGCAGCCCCAAGGUGGCCCUGCUGGAGGCGCAGAAGCUGCUGAGGAGCAUCCUGGUGUUCCUGGUGGGCAGCGACGUCCUGGGCAGCGCCCGGAGCCGCCCGCCCGAGGAGCCCGGCCCCGACUGCGGCCCAGCGCUGGUGCACAAGUGGCAGGUGCUGGGGGACACCCUGGGCUGCUGCCAGCGCCUGGUGACACUGCUGGGCCACUGCGAGGUCCUGUGCCAGGCCAGGGCCUUCUGCAGCGAGGGACUGACCGUGGCCGGACACCUGCAGGCCGCCCGCUGGUGCACGUGGUUCCUGGUGCUGCAGUCCCAGCUGGAGCUGCAGCAGGGGGAGCUGGAGCUGAGCCAGUCCCACCUCCAGCACGCCCAGUUCCUGCUCCAGCCACAGACUGAACCCAAACCCUGCCAGGAGCCUCGGCAACGCCGGGCCAAGAUCCAGCUCCAGAAAGGCCACCUGGAGAGGAGGAAACCUCUGGAUCCCAUUCCUGACCCCAUUCCUGGUGGGGAGGAGGAUGAGGAAUUCCUGAAGGGUCCCUCCCUGGACGCCCUGGCUCCGGCCGCGCUCCCGGAGCAGCCGGACGCUCUCACGGCCUCGCCGGAGCUGAAGGGAAGAAAAGCCUGGAAAAGUCUGGAAUUCCUGUCCCACCCCUCGGGAUGUCCCUGCUCCUUCUGCUGUGACCCUGCCCUGGUGGCCCUGGGGCUGCGCUGGCUCCUGGCACAGGCCCGGGCGUGGCUGCUGGCCGGGGAGGUGGCAGCGGGGCUGGCCCUGCUCAGGAGGGUGCUGGCACGGUGUGGCAGCGCCGGCACCCGCCUGGCACGGGAGCUGUGGGGCAGGGUCCCGGGCGUGGGGGGUGGGGACAGGAAUCUGUCAGACCCCUCUGGGAAUGGGGACAUCAGCAGGAAUGGGGGCAGGGGUCUGCAGGACCCCUCUGGGAAUGGGGACACCAUCAGGGACAGGGACCCCUCUGGGAGCAGGGACACCCUCAGGGACAGGAGUCUGCAGGAACUCUCCAGGAAUGGGGACACCCUUGGGGACAGGGACCUGUGGAAUCACUCCAGGGGCAGGGAUCCCUCUGGGAAUGGGGACAUCAUCGGGGCUGGGGACCCUCCUGGGGACAGGGACCCUCCUGGGGUUGGAGACCCUCCUGGGGUUGGGGACCCUCCUGGGGACAGCAGCCCGGGCCCACUGGCUGAGCUGGUGGCCACUGGCUACUCCACGCUGGCCCUGCAGAGCCUGGCCAGUCCAUCCCAGUGCCCCCCAGUUUGGGAUGAGGAUCUGGAGCAGGGACUGACCCUCUUGGGGUCCCAAAGUCCCCCCGUGGCCGGCCUGGGGGUGGCAGUGGCCACUCUGCUGCUGGCCAAAGCCGUGGCCGCCCUCGGCCGCAUGGCCACCGCCCUCGGCCACUCCAUGGAUGAUGUCCUGGCCCAGGCCUGGACCCCCUGUCCCCCACCCCAAACCCCAAACCCCUCAAAACCCCAAAAAACCCCCAAAGCUCCCGCCAAAACCGGACCCCAAAAAGCCAAAGCCCCCAAAGCCAAGGUGGGGAAGACCCCAAAAGUGAAGCCCCCCAAAUCUGGGGACGUUUUCACCCUGGGGGACUCAGACCCCGAGGUCCCCCCCAUUGUCCUGCGGCCGGGGGGGCCUUGCACCCCCCACCCCAAAUCGGGGGUGCCCCCAAAAGCGCUGCUGGGGGGGCCCAGGACCCCCUUCACCAUCUUCAGCGAGGAGCCCUCCCCACCUGGGGGCAGCUCCCGGCUCCGCAGGGCCCCCAAAAUCCCAGGAAGGGUCAAGUCCCGGAUCAGGGUGACAUUCAGUGACAGCGACUCUGAGGAGCCCCAAAUUCCCCCAGAUCCCCCCAAAACCACCCAAAAAACUUCCUGUGCCCAGAGGAAGGUUCAGCCCCAAAAAUCCCCCAGGAAUUCUCCAGGAAUUGGAGCUCGGCCCCGGCGGGGGCGGCCCCGGAAGGAGCUGGGGACCCCCAAAAAGAGGGAAAAAAGGGGGAUCAACCACGUGGAAAAUCUGGAAAAGAAGGAAAAUAGCAUCCCUCAAACAGCUCUGGAAAAGAGGGAAAGAAGGGGAAACACCACAGUGGAAAAUGUGGAAAAAAUGGGAAAUCCCAAAAUGGAAAACGUGGGAAAAAUGGGAAAUCCCAAAAUGGAAAACGUGAGAAAAAGGGGAAAUCCCAAAGUGGAAAAUACGAAAAAUGACAACAUGGAAAAUGUAGAAAAGAAGGAAAAGGGAAAAUCCCAAAAAUCUCUGGAGAAGAAGGAGAACAGGGGUCCCCGCCGGGCUGGGGGUCCUCGGGGAAAGAAGGAGAGGGGGACCCCCCAAAUUGGAAUUUUGGAGGAAAAGAGGAACUGGGAAUUUUCUGGGAUUGAGGAGCGGGACCCCCUGAGGGCCGUGGAGGAGGAAGAGGAGGAGGAGAUGAGCUUUGAGCUCCCCCCGCUGUCCCCAGGUGGGGCCAGCAAGGAAAUCCCAGGAAUUGGGGACAAGGGGGAUCCCCCAAAUCCAGAGGGAUCCUGCCCCUCUGCCCAGCCCGGUGACCCCUCUCUGGCCGCUGUCCGGUCCCUGCUGGCCGAGGCGCUGGCGUGGGUCGGUCACUUCCCGCCGGGCUCUCUCUAUGGCCAGCUGUGCCAGCUGCUGGCCAUGGCCCUCGGGGACAGGGACCCGCUGGCCACCGCGGGGCUGCUGGCAGAGUCCCUGAGUGUCACCAUGCGCCACCAGCUGCUGGCCAUCGUCCACGCCAGGGCACGGAAGAAGAGGAAAGCAGCAGCAGCAGCCAGAGAGGACAUCUCGGAUCAGCUCCGGGGCCUCUCCCUGGAUUCCCGGAAUUCCCAGGAUUCCCGGAAUUCCCAAAAUUCCCAGGAUUCCCAGUCCCACCUGGCCGAGCUCGAGGAGCUUUUCCAGUUCAGCUCCACGGGUGUGGGGCCGGCGGAGCGGGAGCGGUUCCGGGAGCAGCUCCAGAAGAUUCCCAGCGGUGUCACCGUGUGCCAGCUGUCCCUGGUCAGUGCCACCCCCGGGGCCCUCGGGGACACGCUGCUGCUGACCCGGCUGGAGCGCGGCGCGGAGCCCGUCAGCGUGCGCAUCGCCACCGAGCGCUGCCAGGUCAGCGGGGCCGCCUUCCUCCUCCUCAUCCUCCUCUUCAUCAUCAUGCUUAUCCUCGCCUUCAUCAUCAUCCUUAUCCUCAUCAUCAUGCUUAGCCUCGUCUUCAUCCUCAUGCUUAUCCUCGCCUUCAUCAUCACCCUUAUCCUUAUCCUCAUCUGCAUCCUCAUCCUUAUCCUCAUCAUCAUGCUUAUCCUCGUCUUCAUCAUCAUCCUUAUCCUCAUCCGCAUCCUCAUCUGCAUCCUCAUCCUUAUCCUCGUCCUUAUCCUCGUCUUCAUCUUUGUGCUGCUGUCGGUGCUGUGUCCGGCCGAUGUCCGGCCACUGACCGCAGCGCUGUGUCCAGUGCUGCUGUCGGUGCUGUGUCCGGCCGAUGUCCGGCCGCUGGCCGCAGCGCUGUGUCCGGCCCGGCCGCUGCGGGCGCGGCUGCUGCUGGACGAGGCCCUGGAGCGGCGCCGGGAGGGCCCCGGGGGCAGCGCGGGGUCCCUGGUGCUGCUGCUGGACAGGGGAUUCCUAACCUGA